AUGGCGGUACUGUGGUGGUCGUCGUCCUUGUCCUCCCGCGCCGUGGCUGCUGCGCUGCUGUGCCUGCUGGUGGCUCACGGCAGCAAUUGCGCCAAGCACAACAAUGGUGGUGGUGGUUCCGGCGGCAAGAGCCACAAGCAGGGCGGACGAGGAGGCCAUGGCGCCCCGACCCCGUCUCCUUCUCCUCCGCCGGCGGCUCCACCUGGUGGUGCUGCUGGUACAGUCCCGCCUGUGUACCCGACCCCGACGACGACGAACCCUCCGCCGGCAAGCAACGGCAGUAGUGGUGGGUGGCUGAACGCCCGUGCGACAUGGUACGGCGCCCCCAACGGGGCGGGGCCCGACGACAACGGCGGCGCGUGCGGCUUCAAGGACGUGAACAUGCCACCUUUCUCGGCGAUGACGUCCUGCGGCAACGAGCCACUCUUCAAGGACGGCAAAGGAUGCGGCUCCUGCUACCAGAUCCGUUGCAAGGCCCACCCUGCGUGCUCCGGCGUGCCGGAGACGGUGAUCAUCACGGACAUGAACUACUACCCCGUGGCCCCCUACCACUUCGACCUCAGCGGCACCGCCUUCGGAGCCAUGGCCAAGGACGACCGCAAUGACGAGCUGCGCCACGCAGGCAUCAUCGACAUCCAGUUCAAGAGGGUUCCGUGCCAGUACCCUGGGCUGACGGUGACCUUCCACGUCGAGCGCGGGUCCAACCCCAACUACCUGGCCGUGCUGGUGGAGUACGAGAACGGCGACGGCGACGUGGUCCAGGUGGACCUCAUGGAGUCCCGCCCCGACGACGGCGAGCCCACCGGCGUGUGGGAGCCCAUGCGCGAGUCCUGGGGCUCCAUCUGGAGGAUGGACACACGCAGGCCGCUGCAGGGGCCCUUCUCGCUGCGCGUCACCAACGAGUCCGGCAAGACGCUGGUGGCCGACCAGGUCAUCCCAGCGGACUGGCAGCCCGACAACGUCUACAGCUCCAUCGUCCAGUUCGACUGA